AACGUUUCCGGUAAUAUAACAAUACAGAUCCUAUUGUCCGGCAUACCAAUAGCAAAUUUUAAAAUAUCCAACUUCGUAAUAACGCCGAGUUUUAUUUCAAAAGGGAAACGUGGUACAAAUUUAAUAAACCGAUGGCGGUUACGAUGAUUGUUAAAUUUGAAUGGUGUUCUACAGCCGUAGAACACCAUCAGGAUCGACGGCCAUAUUGAAGGGCCAGAACUCUGUCGAGGCAGUUGCAUCUUCAUCACGCUCUCCAACACUUGACGAAAUAAAGCUGAAAAACUCCUAUUUUGCAAGAAAAAAACUCAAACAUGGCUAACACUGCUUCUCAGAAAGAUUUGCUCGAUACUAUUUGGCAUUUUACUCGUGGUUUUAUCGGUAAAGAAUUACUUUCAGAGAGCAAACUCGUACCAGUUCCUUACCUCUCGAAUGCUGAUGAUUUCGGCCUCUUCUCAGUUUUCGUCAAGAGCAAAUCGGUAACUACUUUAUUUUCACAAACGGCCAAUAAACCUCAAAAUAAAAAUGUUUGUCCCAAGGAAAACGUAAGUCAAAAGAUUAAGCAUUCGCUGGCGAGUGCUUGUUACCAUGUAAUUGGCCACGUUUCCGAAGUCAUUGAGCUGGAAGAAACUGACCUUGAUCGUUUGUUGAACAGCGCUAAACCACACACAGAGGACGUCGGCAAUCAGUCCGAAAAGUGGGAGAAGGACAUCGAUUUGGGAUUCAAGUCGGUACAUUUGACUGUCGAAGGGCUUCACAAAUUUCUCAUCCCGCUGAAUUUGAGUGAAGGAGACCUUUGCCUGAAGCAAAAUAUUCCUGAUCUGGUCGGCGCCAAAAGCGUGUACAUCAUUACAGAUGUAAUGAAGGCCAGUCGCGUUACAGCAUGUGUUACGAGCGAUGACGACACGAUGGAAAGAGUUUCUGCUGUUUCUGUUCCAAUAGGAUUUGGCUAUUCGAAAUUCCGAUUGACUCCCGAGGGACUCGUUGCUGAACAGAUGAAAUGCAAGCCUGCUAUCCUCGGCAAAUGGGUUGUUGUGAUUAAUCAACUCUCCGAACCCCUCAAAAAAUACAUCAUGCGAAUGUCAAAUCUCAAAUCCUAGUUUUCCGGCGUAUGACGCUAAAAGUGAUUUCUUUUAAACUGUUUAAACAUUUCGAAACGUUCCUACUGGCGAUAUUUUCAAAAUUUUUACUUACUAACUUUUUUACUUUCGACUCGCUCUGUUACUGCCACACGCCGUCCCAUUCGCCAUAUUUGUGUGUCCUAUUCGAGUUCAAUAUUUUAAUUACAAAUACCUCACAAUGUUUUGCAAACCUAA